GGAUACUUGUCAAAAUGGAGGAGGUUGUUGAGGAGGAAGAAGGCAAACACAUUCAGCUUACCUGACCGCUCAUGACGCUGUAUUCACAAAAAAGCAAAGACGGCAUUCAGUGACACUGUUUAAAUAUUUACACGAUAAUGUUUUUGAAAAUGGUACACAGCAAUUCAUUGUUGACACAGCGGGACGAAGUGUCAUGGUGGUUGACAAAUCUCUACAGAAUGUCAGUUUACGUCUUUGGAUACAACAGUGAUGUAAUCCUUCACACAUGAGGCUGAUGGUCUCUGGAAAUGUCCAGUGGUGAAAACAUUUCAAGCAUGUCCGAGAGGGAUUCCAGUGAUGAGAGUAGACAGAACAGGAACUGUCUUGGCCACCAGUUUGAUCCAGGUUCAACCUCUAAACCCAUCACCAGCCACAUGAAUCUUGUGGAUGGAUCACAGAUGCCGUUGGGUGUUAAUCUUUCCGACAACCACCAAGCAAAUGGAUAUGGGGGCACAUCAACAUCCAGUGAAGAUGAUGAUUUUGUUGAUGCAGUGGUCAAUGGCAGUAUGUGCAAUGGGUCAGCUCAUGAGAAUGAAAACCACUUGAACAGCAGGGCGUUAACCAUGCGAACAAGUGAACCAAAUUCUCAGAUCGAAGAACCAACAGAUCAUCGCUGUCCAAAUGGAAGAGAAGGACAUGGUUAUAUGUCUGCAUCCAGCAGUGCUGUGAAUUCUCAAUUUGCAACAUUUAAUGGCAGGGAUCGGAGUGUUAGACCUAAACAACCAAUACCACCCAGGUCGAAAUCUAUUCAGAAAAACAAGAAAACAUGUGACCGAGAAACUUUGCAGAGUUUGACAGAGCCUACUUUCCAAAGUGGACACUCUCCAAGUCAGUCUAUGCAGCAACAUAAUGUAAAUCUGCAUAAUACCCAUGUACGACCUCCUGUGUGUGUGCUUUCUGAUGUAAAUAAUCAACAAAAUGGUUUUGUGGGUCAUCCCACGUCUAAUGGUGUUUAUCACUCUCCUUACAUGCCCUGUACCAGACCUCAGAGUCUUAUGUUAUCUCACAUACACAUGGAAAAUAGACCAGCUAAUAUUUGUGGCAAUGGUGAGUUAGAUGAACCUGAUUUGUUUGAUAUGGUUGAUGAAGGUGCCGUCUGUGAUUAUGAUAAACUGCUUUUAAGUGAUGAACAUAAUUCUCCUUCCGAGAAUAGUCGGAGUGAGGAGGCAGACAGUGAGUUUUUGAAUUACCACUUUCCCAACACCCAGCUUGAUGGCAUGGCUGUGAUUUGCAGUCAUUGUAACCAUGGUAACGUAAAUGAACAUUGCCAGUAUUCCGCAGACUCCCAACAUGGAGAGUCAUUCCGUAAUUCUCAAGGACAGUGUAUGUGCAGGUCCAAUCUUUCAGCGUCAGGUGAAGUAGAUUUUGACAAUAGUGAUUACUUGAAGCUGUUUGAUGAGAUGGAUGGCGAACACUAUUCAGCAGAAGAUGAGGUACAAGAGACCUGGGAGGAUACAGGGGACUUCAUUGACACAGAUCUUCCAGCACAAACUCCGGGAAUGAUGUCAAGUUCGGCUGGGUCCUCCUCCUCUUCUCUCAGUGAGGAUGAAGGGGCUGGAGGUCUCUUUCAUGAAGUAAGUCGAGAUUCAAAAGAAAAUGACCUCUCGAGCAACAGACUCAAUUCAGACAUUGUUCCAUGUGGAAUCCUUGGUGACAGGAUGUAUGGACACCUAAAGAAGGGAGGCAAUUUGUGUUUUCCAGGUGAUGCUUCCAUGUGUCCUUCCCAGAGAUUGGUCAUGGAGUCCAGUCAUCACCAUGGUGUCAACAGUAGUGAGAGUGAGAAUGGAGAUGAUUAUCAAGUGGACAUGGUUCUUAACUGUGAUGCAAAUGAAGUGUUUUAUGAGGAAGGAGCAGCAAGCUUAGAAGCUGCUGCAAGUUCUCGGAACAUUCGGCCAGCAGGACUUCAUAAUGGUGCUGGAAGUGGGUACUGUGUUCAUAAUGACGGUGUGAGACUUGAGCCCAAAGGGCCUGUCCAUCAUGAGCAUGUUGGCUGCGACACAGCUGAUUGUGGUAUUGGGCCAUCGCUGUUGUGUCAGGAUCAAACUGUUCCCCCAGGUUCAGCUAGCUGCCAGCAUAGUUCCUGCCCCAUGGCUGUCCCGGCUGGCUUGUGCGUGAACAACCUGAGUAGCAGCUCGCCUCCAAAUGUUGAACCAUCCGCAGGGGGUUACCAUGUUCCAGUGUCAAACUUCCAAAAUGACAAAAGUAACAAUCACCAAAAAGUGUUUAUAAAAUUUAAUGUUACAAACCAAGAACGGAAAAGAACAAUAGGGCACAUAAAGAGAGAUUCCUCUCACCUCGGUUCCCCCAUUUCCCCGGAUGAUCCGGAGUCUAGUCAGAUGGAAGAUGAGGAUGGGGACCUCCCUAUGGAUCAGUAUGAGUACCAGCAUGUACCAGAAUAUUUCCAGGAGCAGAUGCUGAUGAUUGCUGCAGAGAUGGCCAGGACUCGAGUCAAUGCUGAGUCCGGUGUCUCGGAGCCCAUCUACGAGGACAUUGAACCACUGCCUGAGACUGAGGAAGCUGGCAACAUGGCUGCCUCGGGUCUUCCAGCAGAUGCUCAACAGAAAGAAGCAGCCUACAGAAAGCCUCCCUUAAGAUUGACUCCGAGAAGGAAGGACCGACGAUCCAGCAGUGGCGGCAAGUCGGGUAUCGAGAAAGUCAUGAUAUGGAAUGAGUACGAGGCCUAUGUGCUUCAGGUGAAGCAGAUAGCUACAUCAGCUUGUGGGCCCACUGCAGUUCUCAAUGUCUUGAAAGCAUUUGAUGUGUGUGUUGACAAGGAUGAAGUGUGUAAGAAGAUCCACACCAACCUGAGAGAUGAGCUCGGCUCCAUUCCUAAGUACUUGUUCUCAAGGGCAGUGGCAGGCACCACAGCGGAGGAUUUGCUGCAUGGUAUAGAGAGUCUGACUCAGGGCAGGAUACGUGGUCGUUUCUUCCACUUCUGGCCAUCUAGGGAUGUGCAUCUGCUCAAAUGGCUGGGGCAGUGGAUGAAGAAAGGUGCUGUGCCUCUGGCAACUCUGAACCUGCAGAAGGGGGUGAAGGCAGGCUGGACUGUCCCCGAUGCCUGGCACCAUCAGAUGGUCUAUGGUGUCUGGCACCAUCAGAUGGUCUAUGGUGUCAGUUCUAAAGGUGUGUACCUGACUAAUCCCCUGGAGAACGUGGCAGAGGAAACUGUACUCGAACAACUGGUUAGUGAUUCCAUUCUUCUGGUUAGACGGCAGGAUGUGGUGAACCGUUUCCGUGACAAUACUGACCUCGGGGAGAUAAUUCGACAUCCAGAUGACAGAUGGCGAACUCUAAAUGUUCUUGGCCAAGUUGUGAAUGUCCUGCGAGAGUCCAACAUGCCGCACCCAGUGUACAGAGCUCAGUUGACCUCCCACAUCUCCAUCCCAGCUGUGUACAAGGCUGGCAUCACCCUCUUUGUCCAGGGAGAGUCUGAUCUGUGGCAGGAACUGAUUGCAGCGUCCGACUUGCCUCCCCGAGACUCCCCGCAAACUUGACACCCCCUAACAGUCUCCACUACACUUCCGCUGUAUUUCCACUUUUGAAUUGAAGGAAAUCACUGUUACUUGAAACACUUUCCAAUUUCUUUGAGCACCUUUGAGAAUUGAGUGAAUUUGUCAAGAUGUUUGCUUCGAGGAGGAGCAUGCAUUUGUGAAGAAUGAGUCUUCAGUUGGUUAGAAUAAUCUGUGCCUGUGAGCAGUUAUCAUCGUUAUAGUCCUUUCAUAAUGAUAUACUGAUGCCAUAUUUUCCAUAUUAGUGUACAGGGGAAAUUAUGUCAAUCUUGUUACAGUCAGAUCUUAGUGCUCACUAUCUCUGCACAAAGACCUUGGGACAUACCUCAGCAAGUCAUACAAAUAUUGUUAGCAAACAUUGACCCACCAGUGGAAUGAGUGAAGGCAUGGGGGAUCAGAAUCUUCACCAAACAUCCAAGUCCUGUACAAAAACAUAUGGAGAUCGGGCCUUUUAGAAAACUGUGCCACAUUUGAGGAAUAACUUAACACUAGACUUACCAAAUGAACUAAGUCCUUUUAAAUCAUUGCUGAAAACUCAAUUUGUUCUACAAAGCCAACAAGGACUA